AUAAUUCAGUAUCGGUAAACGAAGGAUGGAAUUUCACGAGAAUUUUAAUAAUCUUCCACUUAGCUUAUUUUAGAGUUCUAUCUAGUCUAUAUUGAGUUGGUGCUUGUUUUUUUCAUUUUAAACUACUGUGUUUUUCUCGUUACAAGUAUUUUCUUGUUCGUAUUUUCUUAUCGUAUUUCUCCUCACAAUUCACUUUAAACCAUUUUUAAUUUAAAAAUCAUUUUAUUAUCAAUAAAAGUGUUAUACUAAAUUAAAAUGAGCAAUCAAAAAACAGUAUCAACUUCAAUAAAUUUCCUUUUUGGGGGAACUGCAGGAAUGGCUGCAACAUGUGUUGUUCAACCAUUAGAUUUAAUAAAAAAUCGAAUGCAAUUAAGUGGAAUUAAAAUAUCAACAAUAAAUAUAAUAUCCUCAAUCUUAAAAAAUGAGGGUAUUUUAGCUUUUUAUUCAGGCUUAUCUGCUGGUUUAUUACGUCAGGCUUCAUAUACGACUACAAGACUUGGUACAUUUGAAUGGUUGUCUGAAUUAAUAUCAAAAGAUAGACAACCAAAUUUUCUUAUGAAACUACUAAUAGGUAGUUCUGCUGGUUGUGUAGGAGCAUUUGUUGGUACUCCUGCUGAAGUUGCUUUAAUUAGAAUGACUGCUGAUGGUAGAUUACCUCUUGCUGAAAGACGUAAUUAUAAAAAUGCAUUUAAUGCAUUAUUUCGAAUAGCCAAAGAAGAAGGCUUUUUAGCAUUAUGGAGAGGUACUGUUCCAACAAUGGGAAGAGCUAUGGUUGUAAAUGCAGCUCAAUUGGCAUCAUAUUCUCAGUCUAAAGAAACUUUACUUAAUACUGGAUAUUUUGAGGAUAAUAUUCUAUUACAUUUUACAAGUUCUAUGAUAUCAGGUUUAGUUACAACUAUUGCUUCUAUGCCAGUUGAUAUUGCUAAAACAAGGAUUCAAAAUAUGAAAAUUGUGGAUGGUAAACCAGAAUUUAAGGGUGCAAUAGAUGUCAUAAUACAAGUAUGUCGAAAUGAAGGAGUUUUUUCAUUAUGGAAAGGUUUUUUUCCUUAUUAUGCUCGUUUAGGUCCACAUACUGUUUUGACUUUUAUUUUCUUAGAACAAAUACGUAAUUUUUACAAAACAUAUUCUGUAUAACAAUUUAAUUUAACACACACACAUGCAAUAUGCAGUGAAAGAAUAUUUUCAAAAUGUAUCAAGUAUAGUCAAUUUGGUUAAAUAAUAAUAUAACUGGGUCGUAAAAUUAGUUGAGAAGAAAACUAUAAAUGUUAUUUAUACAAGUAUUUCAACUAUAAAACAGCAACAUUUUUUGAUAAA